UCUUCUUGCAGCAGCUGCACGAGCGCGGAGUACGAGCUGCGGCGGCAGGAGUCAUGGCAGGACAAGCAUUUAGAAAGUUUCUUCUGCUUUUCGACAGAGUAUUGGUUGAAAGGGGUGCAGCCGAAACUGUAACCAAAGGAGGCAUUAUGCUUCCAGAAAAAUCUCAAGGAAAAGUGUUGCAAGCGACAGUAGUGGCCGUUGGAUCAGGCUCUAAAGGCAAGGGUGGAGAGAUUCAACCAGUUAGUGUGAGAACUGGAGAUAAAGUCCUUCUCCCAGAAUAUGGAGGCACCAAAGUAGUUCUAGAUGACAAGGGUUAUUUCCUAUUUAGAGAUGGUGACAUUCUUGGAAAGUAUGUAGACUGAAAUAAACCACUAUUGAAAUGGCAUUAACAUGAAGCUCAUUCCACUGAAGUUCUGAAAUCUUUCAUCAUGUAAAUAAUUUCCAUGUCUCUCUUUUGUAAUAAACUAAUGAUGUCUAAU